UUCUUUAUUGUAGUACCCCCCUCUAGCAAAGUAACUGCUUGCCUGUAUAUAAGGACGACACGACAGCUGCAGGGCGGCUUCUGAGAAGCCAGCAACAGAAGUUCAUAGAUUUCGUCACGGACUAAUCAUGUCCACCGCAAAUCAAGUCAGUUCACUGUAUAAAACAGUUGUGGAUGAUGUUAUUAACAAUGUGAAAGAAGCCUUUCUGGAUGAAGGUGUUGAUGAGCAGGUGCUUCAGGAGCUGAGACAGUUAUGGGAAACCAAACUGAGUGCAUCAAAGGCAAUGGAACCAGCAAAUGUUGAAACAGAAGUGCACUUGCCCACCUCCUACCCUCUCAUUCUGCAACAGUCACAGUCACAAGCACUACACCAGGGUUAUGUUCCCCGUGGAGUGCUGGCAACAGCGGCACAGCAGCCACAGCAAACAUUCCCUGUGUCUAUCACAAAUCAAGCUAGGGAGCUGUCAGGAGCAGCAGCUGCAGCAACAAUGGCUCUUCCGGUGGGCUUGUUCCAGCACCAGAUCGCUGCAUUGGGAGCAGGUCAGGCACAGAAUGUAACACUGCAGCCCACUGGUAAUGGACAUUUCAUAGUACAGAAUCUUGCUGGUGGAGCUCAAGGACUUACUGCCACAAUUACCAUUCCUCAACAGACAUUUGUGCAGAGCCAGUCAGGGCAGCAUGUGGCAAACAUAGCACAGGUGGCAGCCCCAAACCAGUCUGGUAUCAUCCAGCUUGAUGGCACAGGUGACACCAGCUCGUCAGAAGACGAAGAUUUUGACAAUGAUGAAAAUGAUGAUGAUAAUGAAGAGGAACAGAAUGAUGAGGAUGCAGAACAAGGAGAAGAGGAAGAACCUUUAAACUCUGCAGAUGAUGUCAGUGAAGAAGACCCCACAGAACUAUUUGAUGCUGAGAAUGUUGUGGUGUGUCAGUAUGACAAGAUCAACAGAAACAAAAACAAAUGGAAGUUUACUCUGAAGGAUGGCAUCAUGAAUCUAAAUGGAAGGGAUUUUGUCUUUCAAAAAGCCAGUGGAGAUGCAGAAUGGUAGCAGCAGCUGUUUUGUGUGCCAUACUAUAGGUGAACAUCAUCUUGCAGCACAGCCAGGUUUAUGACAACAUAACAUUUCCCUUAUGUGACACUUUGGCUGCUGAACUACUGCAUGCUCAUUCUGAUGUUGCUACGCUGAUGAACACACUGUGUUUUCUUACAUCAUGCCGCCCUUGUGGAGAAAAAAGAUGACCAGUUGAUCUGCUAAUUUGAGAAGUCACUAGAUUUUCUAGUGUGGAGAUACUGCAGCCUUUCCACUCUCGUUACAUAAUGUGUGAUAAUUUAUGUGCUAGGGAUACAUGGUCCUUAGCAAAAGAAUUGUUAUUUUACUGUCCUUUGCACUUCUUCAUACAUUUUCUUUUGGCCUUUUACUCUCGUUUCAUCCAGCUGCAUAUAAUUAUCUAAACGCCUCUAAACUGUUUAAGAGAACUACUAAAACUCAGGGUAAAAAUUGUGAAAGAAUGGAUGAGACAAAUUUUAAAUUGUUUUUUUAAAUUGUGGAUUUGUCUUGUGCCAUAUUUGGAGAUUUUUGCCUGGUAAAAAUUCCCGUUAAGCUCAAGAUUUCUGUUUUCUUCUUGACUUCUUUUCUGUUGUCUUAGAUUGUGAGUGCACAAGUGCAAGCAUUGUUUGUGUGUUCAUGCAUGCACCCAUACACACAUCUGCAUGCUUUAAAGAAAAAAGAGAAGCCAUACAUCAUUAGACUUUUCCUCCCUAGAGCAUAUCAGACACAUUUUUUUUAGUUCUUUGCCAUUGAUUUUCCAUUGUGUGCAUUUCAUUGAUAUCUAGUAAUCUCACUAUUAUUUGUAUAGCAGAUAAAAAAGUACACACACCCUGCUCUUUACAGUUCACAGUUAUGGAUACAUUUUCUUAAAUUUUAUAGUAUGUUUUAGAAUUGUGAUGCAUUUUCCCCCCAAGUUGCGAAGAUGUAUGUAGUAAUAUAUGUAUACUGAUUGAAAUGCAAAAUUCACAAUAUAUCAAUAUAUUAUAUAGACUUGUUUUUGAGUUGCAGUAGGUUUUAAAUUGCAAUGUUAAACAAAGAACUUGUCCUGAAGAAUACCCAGGUUACAUGUUUAAAAGAGACAGGAUGUCUUUUACACAAUCAUGUUUUCGAAGGGAAAAAAAGAGAGAGGCAGUGGUAAAGGAAUUAGCUGACAUAAGGUUUGAUAUCUAAGUGCCUGAGAUUUACAUUUUCUUGUAGUUAAAGCAUCUGGAUAUUUCUUACUGUGCAGGGCAUUUUGGUGGGAAAAACCACUCAGUAGUGUUACAGGAGUGCCAAAAGUUUUCAUUUGGCAUUGCAUGCCACUCACGAUGCUUUUUUUAAUAGCAUCACUUAAAAUGUAAACUGCUGUGGCUCAGUUACAAUGCUGCAUAAGUAAAGUAGGGUAAAGAAUAAUAUCCAGAAUGAGGACUUCAGUUAUUGCUACCUCUGUCUGGCACUAUAUAUUUACUGUUCUAUAGGUGCUAAACAUACUUGCUGAAUGUUUGGGAGCAGGAAGAAGAAAAACAUGUUUCUUAAACUGCUAAGUGUGGAUUCACUGGCUAGCCAUAAUUCAAAGUUUCUAAAGCAAGCUGUCUAAUGUUCAUUAAGAAUAAUGCAUAUUGGUAUGCACAAGAGAGCAUACAUUUAAACAAAUAAUGUCCUUUGAGCUACUAUGAAUUUACUCUGAACUAAAACAUUUGACAAAAAUUUGCCUAGUGCAAUGGUAUUACUUUUUUUUUUUGUGCUUUGAUUAGCAAUAGUUGCGAAUUUGUAAACCGCUUGAGUCAUUUAUGUAUGUUCACAUAUAUUUUCCUAGCACUUAUAACCAGAUUUGUUUUUUCUGUAUUAAUUAUGGAACCAGUAAUUAUGAUAUCAACUGUCAGGUCUUCAUGUGAUUCAUUUCAGGUUUCAUAUAUCUUAACAGCAGUAUCACUGAAUACGCAAACCGACCAAAUUCGUACCAUUUUGACUUGAUCUGAAAUGGAAGGGAAAGUUUUGAUGAACAAAGAGUAUUUGAAACAGCUUUUUUAUGCAAUCUUGCUAACAUAAUUUUACCUUAUUUUUACUUGAUAGCUUCAGAUGCAAAUAAGAGAUGCUUGUUUGCUGCUAUUAGCUGCUUAGUGUAAAAACAUUAUGGCAAAACAUCCCUUCCUUAACACUUGUGCAAGUUUGUCUAACUGGUGACAGCUAGCUUAGGGGAUUUGCAAAUUUUAGUAAGUUGACCUUUUCUCUUUUUACCAAGAGUGUCAUAGAAUCUAAUGUGUGAUUUUCUUCUUUUCAUGUAUUAUUUCUAUGAAGGUUUUGUUAUGACCAUGAGAUGUGAUGUGCAGACUGUUGUAAUUGCAAUAUUUUGUGUUUUAAAGAAAAAAAAACUCCCCACCUACAUUUGCUAGCAUUGUUUAUUACUAAAUGUUAAAUAUUUUUGCUGUGCUCUGAAUUUCCCAUAAAAACAUUGAUUCUAAUGGGGUAGGGUGAUGGUGCGACACAUUUCAUGAUAUUUGAGAUGCUUGGAUUAUUUGUCUGGUAUAAAUUGUUGUUUUUAAGUUAAAGAGUAUAUCAAAAUUGAUCUUAAUAGUAAAGGGAAGACGGUGGUAAAGGGUUUUCUUUGUGGAAUGUGGUGAUAGUAUGUGUGCAAAGUCUUAUAAGACAACUUUUAGUGAAAGUAGAUUGCUGGAAAAAACUAUUUAAGCAUGGUCAUAAUGCUUUAUGUGUAUUACUGGAAGGGGCUUUUGUUUUUCUUUAAAAUAUUUUGUAAAUUCAUAAUAAUACCUCUGCUGAUAUUUGUCAUAAUUAUGUUGACAAAAUAUGCCCAUUUUUUUAUGUGUGUGUGUUAUAACGUGUGUGUGUUUUUAUAAAGUAUUCCAUUGUUUAAAUGAAACUUAGGGAUUCUUCUGUAUGCAACCUGUUCUGUCCUAAAUGAACCAGAUGUGAUUGUGAUGUCAAGAGGCCAAGGUAAUUCAAUAUUAAUGAUAUAAUGUAUAGAUUAUUAAAGAAAUGAAAAUAUGCAUAGAUCUCCUUGCACAAAUGUUAUUUACAGUAUGUGACAUAUUAAAGCAAGACAGGUGAUGUCUGCACUACUGUGCUGCACAUAACACUGCCCCUUCCCCCUGCCACCCUAGUGUGCCUGUGAGAUGGAGAUGUUGAGUGAGGAUUGUAAGCAUGAGUUUUGGUGGAUGACCACUUGUCUCUUGUGUUGGGCCAUGAUUUUAUGACUGAAACUUGUCCUUGACAUACACAGGGAUGCUGGAAGUUGUGAACCAAUAUUUAGGUAUUUUGAUAAACACUGUAAGAUACCUUGAGAUAUCUUUUCAAAUGCCUUCUGUUCUGAAAAAGAGAAGUCCAGAUCCUGAAACAAACGUGUACUGUUGUAUGAACUUGAAUAUUAAAUGGUGACAAACUUUG